ACACGGCGUGUGGCGGUAGUUGUCAUGCGAACGCUCAAUGCGAGCUAGAUGGGCUAACCUAUAGAUGUCGGUGUCAAAUUGGAUACGCGGGGAACGGAACAUACUGUGAAGGUACGAAAAUUAAAACAUUGCCAUAUUAUUCUCUCGCGUACACAGCUUGAUCCACCUUGUAGGAAAAAGUACUCCGCACGAAAAUUUCACACAAGUUUUAAAAAUUAUGUAUAAAGAGGAUUGCAUCUGUUCAGUAGUGGUUUACAGGGUCCAUAAUACACACAUACUAAAACAACUUGAAUAAUAACUGAUAAAUGAAUAAGGUGAUAUUACACGUGGUCAGUCGUUUGUCUGUUUCAGACAUAUAACACGACGUUUAAGGUAUCCCAGUAUUCCCAUCUCAAUGUUAUUAUUUUUAUCCAGUAUUGUAUUCAUUGAUUUUCAAAUGAGUAGAAAAUUAUGUUGAACUUACUAAUUGAGAUGGAAAUUAUCUUGUUUGACUAACUUACGGUGUUUGUAACUUAACUCAUAAAAGCAGGGUUUGAAUUAUCUCAACAUCCAGAAAAAUAAUCCGUUGAAGGUUUUAGCUUACAAACCACGAUCACGAGGAAAUCAUUUAUCUGUCAGUUUGUAUUAUUUUUGCGAUAGUUCUGUUCGGAGCUCUUUAAAUUUUUGUUUUCUAUUUUUUUGCAUUGCUUUCAGGCGAGAAUUAUGGAACUAUUAUACUAUUUCACUGAUUUUGUUGUGAAGCAAACCUAACAAUUGUUUUACUUCCCUGCAUGCCAUUUAAUACUUAUUUUAUUGUAAUCCAGUAGUAAUCAAAAUCUAUUAUCAUUAUUUUUCUUUUUAAAUAUCCGCUGUUCUGCAUGCCAUCCAGUCACUCUUGAUGUAGUUUUGACAUAGUUCUAAUGUAACUUUUUUGUUGUGUUUUUGCUGAUGUUAUACCCUUACAGCCCAAAACGACGUGUAGAAUGCACCAAGUGCUUCCAAAUGCCAAUUUAUAUUAAGCUCGCCCCAUUUCUCUGUCAUUUGUCGCGCGCCGCAAGCACUCCAAUGAAAAGCUUGCUACUCGAGUGCGGUCUACAAAAUAGUCCAAUGCCGUCUGCCAACUGAAGCAAGUCGGUUCUUUAGGUGAUAUUUCAAAACCCAAUCUUCUUCAUGCCACGUAUGUAUACAGCUAUUUCAAUUAAGGUUGUCGCCCGAGCAAAGCGGAAAAGUCGAAUACGAGCGCGAAAGGCUGCUGGGAUUCCCUAAUAAAUUAACAAAUUUAUUAGCAAUUCCCAGCAGCCUUUCGCGCUCGUAUUCGACUUUUCCGCUUUGCUCGGGGAACAACCUUAAUUGAAAUAGCUGUAUGUCUAUGAUCGAACGUCUGAUGGUUGUGGUGUUGAACUCAUUAAACGUAUUUACUUUUUUGUCUCUCUGCACCAAGCUGAAAAAUUGGUUAACUGGGUUCAACACGAUAAACAUUAAAAUGACAGAUCAUAUAGUCAUCUGACGAUAUCGAAAGGACUGGAUUGAAAUUAUUACCCGUAUAAACUGGAACCGACUUGAAUUCGUAGUUCAGGUGGUAGAGCAUUGGACUAGCAAGCCAAAUAGCUCGGGUUUGAUUCCCACUGAGGAAUGUUCACAAUAAUGUUCGUUUAGUUGAUUAUUAUCAUUAUUUUCGUCAUUAUAGACAUAAACGAAUGUACUGUUGGAACUCACAACUGUCACGAAAAUGCAACCUGUACAGAUAAUGUAGGAAGUUUUUCAUGUCAAUGUAACGCUGGUUACUCAGGCAAUGGUGUCGCCUGUUCUAGUGAGUUUUCU